UAGUGACGCUAUUCGUAAGUAAGAUAGCAAUUAUUUAUUUACGGAGGUCCCGUACACCGGGACUUUCCGAGGCUACCGAUCGAUCAUGGAAAAGCCUGCUCGCUACAAAGCAAAAAGUAAAAAACCCGCCGCUAAACCAAAAACGGCAAAGAAGCGUAAAAGUGACGGUAAUUAAGUAAAUCUUCUUAUACACGUUCCCCUAUGCACUAAAAUAUAUUGAAGAGAAUAAUGGGACCCACUUGCUCUAUGUUUUUGGCUGAAUUAACCAGAAAACUGGCAUCCAAAAAGAAACAAGAAGAAGAAUCCCCAAAAAAUAUUGUUCAAACAAUAAUAGACAGCAUAACAAAUGCGUUACCAGUCAAGCUUUCAAGAAAAUCUCCACAGAAAUGUCCAUCGCCUAUGAAAAUUGAGACGUUACAAACAUUAGCACCAGAAUUAAUACCCAAUGACUCAUUAAAUUUCCCUGCACCCGCAACCACAGCUAGCAACAUCGAAGAUGCUUCUAUGGAUUAUCUAGAAAUCCUCAGUCCACCAAGACCUGGAUCUUUUAAGAUGCCCAAAAUGCCUUUAAUUAAUAGUGACGAAUUAAAGGCAUCAGCAGAAAAGAAGAGGAAAGCUCAAACACAAGACCAAUCAGUUAAUACAGGAACAGAUCAUGAUGUUGCCUCAGAAAUAGCUAAACAUGUUGGCACAUUAAGGAAAAUCUCGUUGAUAGCUGAAGAGUUUAACCAAAAAACUGCGAAAAAUUUAAAAGAAAUAGUCGACAGUGUCCAAGAGGAUUUGAUAAAGAAACUGGAAGAGAUACGAGCACAACAGAAACUCCAUUCAGAGAGAACAUUGCACAUCAGUGAAGAUCAAAGCAUCGUCGAGGACGAUGACACUACUGGCGACUAACCAAGAAGUUUGAUCACUUUAGAAGAAAACAUCUCGUGUCAAAUUACCGUUGUCAAAAUAAAAUGCAAUAAUUUUUAGAUUCUCAUAAAAUUGAUUGUUAAAAAUUUAAAUAAACAAAAACAAAGCA